GUGAGCGCUAGCUGAGUGCAGACGGGCUGAAGAUGGCGGACGUGUUGAGUGUACUGCGACAGUACAACAUCCAGAAGAAGGAGAUCAUCGCUAAGGGGGAUGAAGUGAUUUUUGGGGAGUUUUCGUGGCCGAAAAACGUUAAGACGAACUAUCUUAUCUGGGGGACGGGGAAAGAAGGCCAGCCGAAGGAGUAUUACACUCUGGACUCCAUUCUGUUCCUGCUCAACAAUGUUCACCUUCCACAUCCGUCGUACGUGCGCAGAGCCGCUACGGAGAACAUCCCCGUGGUCAGGAGGCCGGACAGAAAGGACCUGCUCUCCUACCUGAACGGAGAGAGCUCGUCGUCGACGAGUAUCGAUAGGAGUGCACCCAUCGAGAUCGGCCUUCAGAGAGCCACUCAAGUGAAACGAGCGGCGGACGAAGUUGCGUCCGAGGCCAAAAAGCCGCGAGUCGAGGAUGAAGAGCGAGUGCGUCUGGACAAGGAGCGUCUGGCCGCUCGUCUGGAGGGCCACAAGGAAGGCAUCGUGCAGACGGAUCAGAUCCGAUCGCUCUCGGAGGCCAUGUCUGUGGAGAAGAUCGCCGCCAUCAAGGCCAAGAUCAUGGCCAAGAAACGUUCCACCAUCAAGACGGACCUGGACGACGACAUCACGCUGAAGCAGAGGAGCUUCGUGGACGCCGAGGUGGACGUCACGAGGGACAUCGUGAGCAGGGAGAGGGUGUGGAGGACCAGGACCACCAUCCUACAGAGCAGCGGCAAAAACUUCUCCAAAAGCAUCUUUUCCAUCCUGCAGUCGGUGAAGGCCAGAGAAGAGGGCCGCGCCCCCGAACAGAGACCAGCACAGAACCCCACACAGACGGAUCCGGCGAUUCGGAACAAGCAGCCGGUGCCGGCGGCGUACAACAGAUACGACCAGGAGCGCUUCAAAGGGAAAGAGGAAACGGAGGGCUUCAAAAUCGACACGAUGGGAACCUACCACGGCAUGACGCUGAAAUCUGUGACGGAAGGAGCGUCGGCGAGGAAGGCCCAGACUCCGGCCUUGCAGCCUGUUCCACGUCCAGUGUCUCAAGCGAGACCCCCUCCCAACCAAAAGAAAGGUUCCAGAACUCCUAUCAUCAUCAUCCCGGCUGCUACGACUUCCUUAAUCACCAUGCUCAACGCCAAGGACCUGCUACAGGACCUGAAGUUCGUGACGUCGGAGGAGAAGAAGAAGCUGGGCAUCCAGAGAGACAACGAGGUGCUUCUGCAGAGGCGUAAAGAGCAGAUCCAGCCCGGCGGCUCCAGCGUCAGCGUCACCGUUCCUUACAGGGUCAUCGACCAGCCGCUCAAACUGGCACCUCAGGACUGGGACCGGGUGGUUGCUGUGUUCGUUCAGGGAGCCGCCUGGCAGUUUAAAGGGUGGCCCUGGCUCCUACCGGACGGGUCCCCUGUGGACAUCUUCGCCAAAAUUCGAGCGUUCCACCUGAAAUACGACGAGGUGCGGAUGGACCCCAACGUGCAGAAAUGGGACGUGACCGUGCUGGAGCUGAGCCACCACAAACGUCACCUGGAUCGUCCCGUAUUCCUGCGCUUCUGGGAGACGCUGGACAGGUACAUGGUAAAACACAAGUCGCACCUGCGCUUCUGAACCCUUUUCAUCAUCUUCACCUUCAUCACCGCUGUCGUCCUUCUACACGUCAUGAGCGGCCGAGUGUUUCACCUCAGUACUGCAGCAGCACUUCGGCCGGCGAUUAGUGUACACACACCGGCCACUUCAUUAGGAACACCUAUCCACUACCUAUGUUCAUUUAUCCUUUUAUAACCAUCACCUUUGUGGGCUUUGCUAUUAAGGCAACAGACUGUAGCAGGUGCAGCAGUGUUGUUGGGAUUUUGAAAUCAUGUUUCAACACACUGGCAUCAACACUAAGGUCUUAAAAAUCCCAACAACACUGCCGCAGCUGCUACACCUGUGAACUGUCCGGCGCCCGGGCAUCUGGUCAGCGCGGCUCUUGCGGUGUCUCACGAAUGAAAAAGGGCUACAUUCAGUGAUUGUAUACCCACAGAAUGCAUCAAUAUAGUAGGUGAAGCUCAUAAAACGGCUGAUGAAGGUACGUACCAGACAGGCGUACCUAAUAAAGUGCUCUGUAUGUGUGUGUGAUCAGACUGUUAGUUUCCAGCCCAGCUGCGUGUGCGCGUUAGGGAUGUUUGGGAGGAAAUGAUCUCGUCACAAGCCGUUUCCUCUUCCUGUUUAAGUUCUGUUUUUUUUUUCCAGUUUUUUCCUAUUUUCUGUGGAUUUGGUCGCUUGCUGAGGUUAAUAAAACAGCUACCGUUUGUAAAAGUG